AUGGCCACAAUUGAACCAGCAGCUCCACGGGUAGGCGAUGGCGAUGACCAGGCCUCCAUGACUGAGAAGGGUCGUGCCGUCCGUACCUUGGUGGAGAUCAACUUGCUGGAUGAUCGCUAUGCGACGACCCAACGUGGUCUGAAAAAUCGCCAUGUCCAGUUGAUGGCCCUGGGGGGCACAAUCGGGACGGGUCUGUUUGUUUCAUCCGGCCAGUCACUCGCGACCGGCGGUCCUGCCUCCCUGCUCAUGGGCUAUAUCUUCAUCUCGGCCAUGGUCUAUGGGCUGGUCACCGCCAUCGCCGAGAUUGGAGCGUACCUCCCCGUGCACGGUGGUACGAUGAGCUACCAUGGAUUUCGCUACGUGUCCCGCAGCAUGGGAUUUUCCAUGGGAUAUCUCUAUUGGUACUCAUUAGGCAUUUUGGUGCCAUAUGAGGUCACUGCAGCGGGCCUAGUGAUUCAAUAUUGGGAUACCAAUGGAACGGUCAACAUCGCCGUGUGGAUCACCAUCAUGAUGGUGGUGAUUAUCGCCCUCAACUUCCUCCCCGUGCGCUUCUACGGUGAAUCCGAGUUCUGGUUCUCAGGCAUCAAGAUCAUCACCUUGGUCGGCCUACUCAUGGUCUCUUUCAUUCUCUUCUGGGGUGGCGGGCCUAAUCGCCAACUGCUUGGCUUUCACUAUUGGAAACACCCCCGCGCCUUCAAUGAAUAUAUUGUUUCUGGUGACACCGGGCGCUUUGUGGGCCUGUUGAAAUGCACCGUGUCCAGUGCCAUUGCUUUCAUUUUUGCCCCCGAAUUGAUCAUCAUCAGUGGCGGAGAGAUGGAGUCGCCGCGCCGCAACGUGCCUCGCGCCGCUCGGCGGUACAUCUACCGGCUGGUUUUCUUCUACAUCCUCGGUGUUUUGGCUAUAGGCGUGAUUUGCCCUUCCGAUGCGUCGCAACUGACCGAGGGCGACGGGAGCGUCAAGUCAUCCCCCUUCGUGGUGGGAAUUAAGAAUGCCGGCAUCCCAGUCCUAGACCACAUCGUCAAUGCUGCGGUGUUAACCUCGGCCUGGUCGGCGGGCAACUCCUUCCUCUACAUGUCGUCACGAUCAUUGUACUCGCUGGCCAUGUCGGGCAACGCGCCCAGCAUCUUCAAGGCUUGCAACCGAUGGGGCGUCCCCUACUACGCGGUGGCCGUAUCAGCUUGCUUCUCUGCCCUAGCCUACCUGUCCGUUGGCAACUCCAGUUCCAUCGUAUUCAACUGGUUCGUCAACUUCACCAAUACCUCUGGUUUCAUCUCGUGGAUCUGCUGCUGCGUCGUGUUCUUCCGCUUCCGCAAGGCUAUCGCGGCGCAGGGCAUCGAACAGCCAUACAAAUCCCGGCUGCAACCGUACGGAGCGAUAUUUGGACUGGCGGGCUCGACCCUCAUGAUGCUGAUCAACGGCUUUACGGUCUUUUUCCCAUCCGAGUGGUCGGUGAGCAACUUCUUCACCGCGUAUAUUGGCAUCCCAGCUUUCCUGAUACUGUACUUUGGCCACCGACUUCUAUAUUGGAGUGACCCAUGGGCCUGGCGCCCGGAGGAGGUCGAUAUGCACACUGGGUUGCAGGAGAUCAUCGAUGCAGAGUUGCCGGAGAGGGUGCGGGGCCCGUGGUGGAAAUUCUGGUAA